UGAAAGACGCAUGUUUGAGAGCAGUGCAGUGCGGUGCGUUUCCAACUGCAUUCAGAAUUUACAAACUUUUUGGUGUUAUUUUGAUUCAUCUUGAGCCAAUUAAAUAUCUGUAAUCAUAUAAAUCUGUUAUGGCUGGGAGUCGACUUGAGAAAUUCGGGACUGUAUUUACACGAGUUCGAGAUUUAAUGCGUGCUGGAGUCAUAAAGCACGAGCACAAACCUAUCUGGUUUGAUGUGUAUGCUGCUUUUCCACCUAAAAGAGAGCCUUUAUUCGAGAAAUCCUUAAGAAGAGUGAGGAAUCAAACAGAAGACAGUGUGCCUGAAAUCUUCUACAAGGAGGAUGAAAUCCGAGCGAAGUUUUUUGAGGUGUACGGUAAUGGACCCAGAGCUUUUGAGCUCCUCAAGUCCAACUUUGUUUCGCCUUGUCAGAGGUUUGUGAUGAAGUACAGUGAAUUAGAAAGCCGCAGUGAUGUUAAACCCGAGGCGCUGUUUGAAGAAACGGCUAAAGCGCUUCUCGCAGAAGGAGUUUUAUUAAGGAAGAGAGGAGGACCAGCUGUGGCGUCAGAGUCUCGUGAUCCUUUGCUGAACAUGAAGUUGACUGAAAUGUUGGCAGAGCAGCAGAGAGACACAGAGACCGAGACAGAUGUUUCAGAGAAGCGGCCACAGGAAGCAGACAGCACUGACAGCCAGUCAUCAUCAAAAAUAUAACUUCUCUCUGUCAGGACAACAUAAACUGGACUUACCUUUGGCACAUUGACAGGCUGAUAAAUUCUGUGAUUUUUGAGGCACAAAGUGGAGGAACACUCAUAUUGUUUGUUCAGUCGUGAAGACAAUUUAUUGUCCAAACAGCAUUGUGUGUUUGUGUACUUCUUGGUGUCAAAUGAGUGAGGCUGAAGACCGUUGAAGUGACUUUUUUUGCUUUAUCCUUUAUAGCCAAGCAGAUGUUAAAGAGAUUUUUCUGCUGCCUGUAUCAGACAGCCAUUUUCAUGUUCUGUGAGCUAUUAAGUAUUUAAUUUUUUAUGUCUGUGUGUAAUAAAAUAUGUGGACUGUUUAAUUAAAGUACUUAAGAGUCCAUUAACGGCAGCAGUGAGAAGAGUAUCAGCAUAGUAAAUACUUAAUAAAGUAUUAUAUCUUUACAGUUUUCUGAGUCACCCCAUAAACUUAUGAUUAACGUUCAUGAUAUAAAACUUUUCACCACUGUUGAAAUUAAUGCUUAUCAAUGCACGCUUACAUUUAAAUAAAUGUUUCAUGCUUAAGA